UGUCCUAUGCAGCCACAUCUGUGAGAUUUGCAGACAAGACCCAGAGAAGUCGCGGUGGAGCAGAACGCAUCCUGACUCAGUUUUGCCACAGACGACCAAACUGUCCUCAGAAGGCCAGCCUCAGCCCCUCCACGGAAGUAACCACUGAACUUCCCAGCCAUGGACGAGGUGACGGAAGAGGAGGUGGAGAAGUUUCUGGACUCAAAUGUCGGCUUUGCCAAACAGUAUUACGACCUCCGCUACCGAGCUAAGGUCAUCUCAGACUUGCUGGGGGCCAAGGAGGCAGCCGUGGACUUCAGCAACUACCACCCGCUGAGCAGUGUGGAGGAGAGUGAAAUCAUCUUCGACCUCCUGCGGGACUUCCAGGAGAACUUGCAGGCCGAGAAAUGCAUCUUCAAUGUCAUGAAGAAGCUGUGCUUCCUCCUGCAGGCAGACCGCAUGAGCCUGUUCAUGUACAGGGCCCGGAAUGGCAUCGCGGAGCUGGCCACCCGCCUCUUCAAUGUCCACAAAGAUGCUGCCCUUGAGGAGUGUCUGGUGGUGCCCGACUCCGAGAUUGUGUUCCCCCUGGACAUGGGCGUGGUGGGCCACGUCGCACACUCUAAAAAGCUCACCAACGUCCCCAACACAGAAGAGGAUGAACAUUUCUGUGACUUCGUGGACACCCUCACAGAGUACCAGACCAAGAACAUCUUGGCUUCCCCCAUAAUGAAUGGGAAGGACGUGGUGGCCAUAAUCAUGGCUGUGAAUAAAGUGGGUGGGCCCCACUUCACCAAGAGCGACGAAGAGAUUCUGCUCAAGUACCUCAAUUUUGCAAAUCUAAUUAUGAAGGUGUUCCAUCUGAGUUACCUGCACAACUGUGAGACUCGGCGUGGUCAGAUACUGCUGUGGUCGGGGAGCAAAGUCUUUGAAGAGCUUACGGACAUUGAGAGGCAGUUCCACAAAGCCCUGUACACGGUCCGAGCCUUCCUCAACUGCGACAGAUACUCUGUGGGGCUUUUAGACAUGACCAAGCAGAAGGAAUUUUUUGAUGUGUGGCCAGUACUGAUGGGUGAAGCUCCACCAUACACUGGCCCAAGGACUCCGGAUGGAAGGGAAAUCAACUUUUACAAGGUCAUCGAUUACAUCUUGCAUGGCAAGGAAGACAUCAAAGUAAUCCCGAAUCCACCUUCUGACCACUGGGCUUUAGCAAGUGGUCUUCCCACUUAUGUUGCUCAAAAUGGCUUGAUCUGCAACAUCAUGAACGCGCCUGCAGAGGACUUUUUUGAAUUCCAGAAAGAGCCUCUGGACGAGUCUGGGUGGGUGAUUAAAAAUGUCCUUUCUAUGCCUAUUGUGAACAAGAAGGAAGAAAUUGUUGGGGUGGCCACGUUUUACAAUCGCAAAGAUGGGAAGCCCUUCGAUGAAAUGGACGAGACCCUCAUGGAGUCUUUGGCUCAGUUCCUGGGCUGGUCUGUCUUAAAUCCUGAUACCUAUGAGUCAAUGAACAAACUGGAAUAUCGGAAGGAUAUUUUCCAGGAUAUGGUAAAAUAUCAUGUGAAGUGUGACAAUGAAGAAAUCCAGAAAAUCCUGAAAACCAGAGAGGUGUAUGGAAAGGAACCGUGGGAUUGCGAGGAAGAGGAGCUGGCUGAGAUCCUGCAAGAAGAGCUGCCAGAUGCAGAGAAAUAUGAAAUUAAUAAAUUCCACUUCAGUGACCUGCCCCUGACGGAACUGGAGCUGGUGAAAUGUGGGAUACAGAUGUAUUAUGAGCUCAAAGUGGUAGAUAAAUUUCAUAUUCCACAGGAGGCGCUGGUGCGGUUCAUGUACUCCCUGAGCAAGGGCUACCGCAGGAUCACCUACCACAACUGGCGGCAUGGCUUCAACGUGGGGCAGACCAUGUUCUCCUUGCUGGUGACCGGAAAGCUGAAACGAUACUUCACAGACCUGGAGGCCUUGGCCAUGGUCACCGCUGCCUUCUGCCACGACAUCGACCACAGAGGCACCAACAACCUCUACCAGAUGAAAUCCCAGAACCCACUGGCCAAGCUCCAUGGCUCCUCCAUCUUGGAAAGACACCACUUGGAGUUUGGAAAAACAUUGCUGCGAGAUGAGGGCUUGAACAUCUUCCAAAACCUCAAUCGCAGGCAGCACGAACAUGCAAUCCACAUGAUGGACAUAGCCAUCAUUGCCACAGACCUCGCCCUGUAUUUCAAGAAGAGGACAAUGUUCCAAAAGAUUGUGGACCAAUCGAAGACAUUUGAAACGCAACAGGAGUGGACGCAGUACAUGAUGCUGGAACAGACGCGGAAGGAAAUCGUUAUGGCCAUGAUGAUGACCGCCUGUGAUCUCUCAGCCAUCACCAAGCCCUGGGAGGUGCAGAGCAAGGUAGCUCUGCUGGUUGCUGCUGAAUUCUGGGAACAAGGUGACCUGGAGCGCACGGUGCUGCAGCAGAACCCCAUUCCCAUGAUGGACAGAAACAAGGCGGACGAACUCCCCAAGCUGCAGGUCGGCUUCAUUGACUUUGUCUGCACCUUCGUCUACAAGGAAUUCUCCCGCUUCCAUGAGGAGAUCACUCCCAUGCUGGAUGGGAUCACCAACAACCGCAAGGAGUGGAAAGCACUUGCUGAUGAGUAUGAGGCCAAGAUGAAGGCUCUGGAAGAGGAGAAGCAGAAGCAGCAGGCAGCCAAGCAAGCAGCCACGGGAAAUCAGCCUGGGGGGAACCCCGGCCCUGGAGGGGGCGCACCUGCAUCCAAGUCCUGCUGUAUCCAGUAGCCCACGGGGGACCCGCUGACCAGAAUGGCACUGCCCUGCGUGGGAAGAGAUCACCCAAGCCACGGGCGAACAGGACACCUCCUGAGAAGUCAAAGUCAUAAGAGUUGCAAGCUGAAUGAGACUUUAGCUUACAUCUUAGUGAGGGGCUUUCAAGUUCUCAGCCUUGAGAGCUUUUGAUUGAGCUAAAACCGACAUUCUAACUGUCAUAGACAUCAAUGAAAUAUGUAAGGAAUGCCAGGUUCAACUGCCCACAGAGUCAUGUUUUUGUCCUUACACUUUCAUUUCUACUUUAUUCUAAACAUUUUCAAUCAUUCUCAAAAGUAGAGAAUUAUACAAUGCACCCCCACCUCUCACCCUAUUCCUAUAGGGAGCUUCUGCCACCUUUGUUUCAUCUGUCCUUUUAUAUUCUUCACCUUUUUCUUGGCUGAAGUAUUUAAAAGAAAAUUCCAGACAGACCAUUCCAGACAUUUGGGCGUUUUCUGAUGUAACCACAUCAUUAUCACAAACAACAAACGGACACCUAGCACCCAGGGCGGUUAUGCUGUGACGAGCUGUCCGAACCCUCUACUGUAGAGAGAAGGACUUGUGGUUCCAGCAGCUGAGUGCUGCCAGCAGACACCCCUGUGCCGCCCCUUUGGGGAUGACCUCAGCUGCACGGAGACACUUCGCCCAAGGGCACACCCUUCCCCUGGGUGGCCUGCAGCUCACGGCUGAUCCAUGCCAGGAGUUAAGGUCUGGCCCUGUUGGCCCAACAUGGGACAGCUCUGCAGGGCCACCCCAGCUCCAGGACGAGGUCCACUGCAGAGGCUGCCUUCUGGGGAACCCAGCUCGGGACAGCAGUUCUCCCCCAUUGUCUCAGCUAUGUCUUUAAGAGUUGGUUUGCUCGAAUCUGACCCAGACAAGUUCUAAACUUUUAGCCGUCUUUUAAGUGGUUUUAAAUCUUUUUUCUUGUUGCAGAGUGUCAGUUGGCCCAUAUUCUGGAUGUAUCCGUUGGUUUCCUCUGCCCCUGGUUCUCCUACAAGUGGGUGUUGGCUCCAGUUGCUUGGAGGAGGAGUACAUGGUUCCUCCGAACUGUCUGUAAACCACGGAUCUGCUCUCACCUCCCUUUUUUAGGUAAAUGAGGAGCUCGAGGGCCAGCCAGGGGAUGGGCUGUGCGAAGUUCACGGCACAGUUCCCUGGCUUCCCUCCAGGAGCCGAAGCCCACGCUCAGAGAACACAGUGUACGGUGCUCGGGUCCCUGGACUCCCACAGCAGGUCAACCGGAGUUCCUGACGCAUGAGCCCUGCCCACGGUUUCAGUCAUGUCAACAGGGAGCUGGGCCUGGAACCCUCAUCUCUUACCUCCCAUGCUGGAUUUUCUGGCCUGAAAGGGACACUUUCAGAGGAGUGGUCUUUUAAGCAAAGGCAUGUCCCUGAGCACGUCACAUGUAGUGGUUAAGUGGCAGAGUACAGAAGUGGCACCCAGGAAUACACAGGCGAUGCUGCCGGUGCAGGCUCUGCCCCGUGGGCAGGUUCCCUCCACUCUCUGUCGUCCUCAGCCUUCCCUCCUGGGUCAUGAUCCUUGCCACGCGCCUACGGUUCGUACCAAUGAGAACACGCACGAUGAGGGUUGCACCUCAUGUUGACAAAGUGCCUCUAAUGUCCUAGGUACUGUGCAUGGUCUAAAUUCAUCCUCACAAACAACCCGAUAGGGUGGAAAUGAUUACUAGCCCCAUUUAUCACAUGACGAGGAAGAGACUCAGAGAGGUUAAGAAACCUGCCCAAGGACACCCAGCGGAUAAGUGGUGAAGUCAGGACUCAAAGCCAAGCAGCCUGACACUAGGUCCUGGCUUAUCAUCAUUUUGCCUGCAAUCAUUUUGUACUGCUUCUGAGAAUCAGCCUGAUUUAGGACCUUGGAGUCCAUCUAAGCAGAUCAUCUUAUUUCAUAUUUGGGGAUGCCAGGGUCCUAAGAGGUACCUUGUCUAAGUUUGCACAACACCGAGGUGGCAGAGCCGGGUCUCAAACACAGGCUCCCAUUCUAUUUCUUGCGCCACCGACUGCACCUUGGGCUUUGUGGCUUGGUUGCCUCCCUGGCUCUGUACAGUCAUCAGGCCAUGGACAGACGCCUCUCACGCGCCCAUUCAUGAGUUCCUGACUAGUGGGGCUGGGCACCCUGCCAUGAAUGGAGGAGCACCCCGUUCUCCUGGAGGUGGGCAUCUAGUAAUGGGGUGACAGAUACUGAGUCAUCAAUCACAUAACCUCUCUAAGGACUCUCAUUCCUGCCAGAGAGCCUGCCGCUAAGUGUAGCCACCCUGCUCAUUUUUAAAGGGAAAAAUUACGUGUUCUCUUCCCACCAAAGAAAUCCAGACAAAUUCCAGAUUGGAAAAAAAUAAAUCAUCCGAACAAUGACAGACUAUUUCUGUAGGCAAAAAAACCAUCAAUUUGAGAAUCGUUUGCACAUAAGAUGGAAUGGCUUACUGCACCUGUUAUUUGUAUGUGAUUUUCUUCACCAGCGUUUCAACUCUCUGGGGGCACAUGAGUAUCGUGCACUCAGAUUGCACUUAAAAAUACUGAUGUUAAAAAACAAAACAUGAACGCAGCUUUAGGGCAAAAUAAAGGCUAGACACAGAGUGCUUUGAGACUGAGGAAAUACACACACAGCCAAGGCUCAGUCUUGGAAAAUGCCACUUCGGCACUCGGGCUGGGGGUAAGUGAGCAAAGGGAAACGUUUCUAGCUCACCUAAAACUACGGCGCACAAUUCAAAUCUGUUCUCCGCUGCCUCUGACCAAAAGUUGCUUUAGAGUCAUCAGUUGGUGAGUGUUUCUGCCUGAAACCACAAUGUCAAAAUAUGGCAUCCAGCACCUUCAUUUAGUGUGCCUGUGUGAAAAGUUGCUGCACCCAAACAAGGGAGUCCUUGUGCAGAAAGUGGUAGAGCUUUCUAAAAGUCACGGCCAAAGCCAGUCAUGGGACAUCUGUUACUCGAGGGAAGUCUGAAUGAUUCAUUAUGACCCAUGAAAAGCGCUGUGAAGGAAUGAAAAGUGAGCUCAGAAAAUUCUGGACGGGGUGCGGGACACACCUUGACCAGGGUCUUUGCUGAGAAGGUGACACCAAGACCAGAAUCCUUUCCCCUGCCCCUCAAUGACACGCAGGACCAACAAAGAAAGACACACCUGGGCAGGGCGGUGGGUGGUAUUUCCUUUUUAAUCUCCAUAGUGUAUUUGUUAAGUUUAUUUAUAAGCAGAUCACUUCACUAUUUACAGUACAU